CAGUUGGUCCUUUACCAGCGAGAAGCACAGCGAAGUUUCCUAAUAGUAGAAGUUGUCUUAAACUUGAAACAUGGAUUUGCUGUCUCAAGCAGAAAAUAAACCACUCUCUACUUUGUCCGUUUUUAGCUUUAUCCCAUCAAGAAGACCUGAACCGAAAGAGAUGACCUAUUUCAACUUCACUAAUCCCAGGGCUCAAGAGGUUCACCAGUAUGAUUUAUAUCGACGAACUGAAGGUUACGACAACAAAUUACACCGUGAUGAUAGACAACAUGCAAAAGGCAGAGGUCUCGACUUCUACGUUGAGGAGUCAUCACGGUCUCUCCCAGUUUUAUCUUCCUCCGAGCAUGGGCGACGCUUACCACCUCCUAAUUACCAACCGGGGCGCCAGUUUUCCCGAGUUAACUACAUCCGAGCUGAAUUCUUCAGGAAAAACGGAAUCACGAAAUCGUUGGAAGAGGGAUAUGGAUCAGUCGUCCCUGUUUGAGGCUCAUUCUUUUAACU